AUGUUACCCUCAGAUGAACCAGUGGAUGUUCGAAUGCUGAGUUUAGAUAAAAACCCGUUUUCCUGGAAUGAGAGGGGGAACAUCAGUGGCUUAAUAGGCACUUUAUCCCUCACAACAACAGAUGGAUCCAAAAUCCCUGUGGAGAGCCUGAAUGAUGACAUUGAGAUUUAUUUGCCAAGGCCUGUUGGAGAGCAGGUCAACACGUCUGUUUUGGACCUUGGGAACUACAGCACAACGGUCAUAAAUGUUCCUUCAGCCAACAACACACUGGUGUUAAAGAUGGUGCCUUCAAAAGAUCCUUUACCCUUCAAAGUUCUCCUCGGCUAUAAAGACUACCCCACUGAAACAAAUCAUGUUGCAAUGACAGAGAUGCCUCUACAGGGAACAACGCUAGAGGAGAAAUACACUUGGCUUCUUGACCCAGUGAGUUUAAAAGGAAACACCGGAGAGCACUAUCUUGUUGUGAGGCCCAUUGUAGGUCCAGGUAUAAAAUCCAUCGAUGCCAGUUUAUCCAUUACACCCAUCACUAGCUCAUGCAAAUUUUGGGACGAGUCAACAUUGGAUUGGAGCAAUUUUGGAUGCAGGGUCGGUGUUAAUAGCACGCAUUUAGUCACCCAGUGCCUCUGCAACCACCUCACCUUCUUCGGGAGCUCUUUUUUCGUCACUCCGAACCUUGUGGACCCGUCCCGCACUGCUGAACUGUUUGCGACUUUUGGAGAGAAUCCUGUGGUGGUCUGUUUCGUCGGGGCGCUGUUUGUGGCAUAUUUAUUGGCUGUUGUAUGGGCGCGACGAAAAGACAUUCAAGACACGGUGAAGGUUACUGUGACUGUGCUGGAGGACAAUGAGCCGAUGGACGAGUACCGCUACCUGGUGAGUGUGAGCACUGGGCAUCGCAGAGGAGCAUCCACUUCCUCUCAGGUGGCAAUAACUCUCGUUGGUGUGGAGGGAAUCAGUGAACCACAUCAUCUGACCGACCGAAAGAAAUGUGUGUUUGAGAGGGGUGCGGUGGAUAUGUUUCUGCUCACUACUCCUUUUUCACUGGGAGACCUGCAAAGCAUCAGACUGUGGCACAACAACUCAGGGAGCCAUCCUGCUUGGUACGUAGGUAAUGUCGUGGUACAGGAUUUACAGACCGAGCAGAGGUGGCAUUUUCUUUGCAACUCCUGGCUCGCCAUCGACAUGGGAGAUUGUUUCCUGGAUAAAGUUUUCCCCGUUGCCUCCGAGAUUGAACUGAAAAGGUUCAGUAAUUUGUUCUUCAUGAAGACAACAAAGGACUUUAGCGAUGGACACCUCUGGUACUCUGUGAUCAGUCGACCACCAAGCAGCACUUUCACUUGUGUCCAGAGAGUUUCUUGCUGUUUCUCCCUGCUGCUCUGCACCAUGCUGACCAGCCUCAUGUUUUAUGGCAUCCCAACAGAUCCCUCUGAGCAGACAUUGGACCUGGGCCACUUUGAGUUUACCUGGCAACAGUUCAUGAUUGGAGUUCAGAGUUCCCUCAUCAUGUUUCCAGUGAAUAUCCUCAUUGUCAGCAUCUUCAGAAGCACACGUCCUCGGGAAACAUCUUGUUGCCGGCAUAAAGCUGGAAAACCAGCUGCUCUUGAACGGCUUUCUUUCUCACAGAAUGUCCCUACCAAUGUGAACAUCACCUUAGACGCUGUGAUCAAGGAUGUUACAAGAAUUGCACUUUCACUGUCUAAGACAGUAAAAAGCAACAUGUCAUGCAAAGAGCCUGAGAUUGGGCCUGGGCAACAAGUUGAUUUAAAUGCUGUCCUUUCUGUGGUGGACGAUUUCAUCAAACAGAACAACAAAACCAGUGAUGACACCCAAUCCAAAAAACUGAACAUCAACAAUCUCAACCAGCCUCAGUCAACAGAGGGCAAUGCUAUUGUGCAUCCUGUGUCAACCGAGGAGGGGAUUCAGAAAAAGAGCAACAAAAGCCAGUAUCUGUACCGGCAGCUGUGUCACAUUGACAGAGAGCUGACUCUGCUGGGACCCUCUGGCUUCCCCAACCCAAACAGCUACAACCAGGCUCUGCAGCAAGUCAGGGGCAUGAAGGGCUCUCUUGAAGAUCAACUCUUCAAAUUCAGCUGUGUGGAGCUAUAUGAACCCACCCAGAAGAGGCUCAACCCUGCAGACAGCACUGGUGGGGAGGAGAGUCAGAAAAAGAAAAAGGUUUGCUGUCACGGAGGACUACCCUGGUGGUUUAUUUUCAUCGGUUGGCUGCUUGUGAUUGGGACUAGUGUUGUAGCUGGUUAUUUCACCAUGCUGUAUGGAUUAAAGUUUGGAAAGGAACGCUCUGUGAACUGGCUGGUGUCCCAGAUAGUCUCCUUUUUUCAGAGUGUCCUGAUCAUUCAGCCAUUAAAGGUGCUAUGUCUUGCAAUCUUCUUUGCACUUUUAAUAAAGAAAGUAGAUGAAGAAGAUUUUCAAAAUAUGGCAUUUGAAGAAAAUGACAGAAACCAGGGUGAUGGUAAGGACCAACAAACAGUCCAACGGGAUGGCAGUCUCUAUGAGCCUCCUCCUCCUGCAGACAUUGAAAAGAUGAAAAGGAACCAGAUUAUGGAACAAAAAGCCUUUGCCCUCAUCAAAGAGAUUUUGAUCUACAUGGGGUAUAUGUGGAUGCUGCUGUUGGUGGCGUAUGGACAGAGGGAUCCCAAUGCUUUUUUCCUGAACCGGCACAUCCGGCAUAGCUUCAGCAGAGGGAUCACAGACAGUAUGAGCCUUGGACAAAUCUUCACUUGGGCAAACACAUCUCUACUAGAGAACCUUUAUGGAGUUUAUCCAGGAUUUAUCACAGAUGGAAACUCCAAAUUGGUGGGUAACGCUCGUCUCCGUCAAUUGAGAGUCCAGAAGAACUCCUGUCAGACCGCUGACUCUGUGGUUGGGAUUGUACGAGACUGCAAUGCUCCAUAUUCAUGGGAGGUGGAGGAGAUGGGCUCCUAUGGCCCUGGCUGGAACUACUCAGUUGGGGAUAAUGUCUCUAACAGCCCACUCAGCCCAUGGAAAUACCAGACCCAGGGUCAGCUAAGGGCUUAUCCCUUCUGGGGGAACAUAGAGUUCUACAGGGGAGGUGGUUUUGUAGCAGAGCUUGGCCCAGAUGUUCAAAAUGCCAGCAGCACCCUUGAGGGUCUGUUCAGAGAUAAAUGGCUGGAUAUGUACACAAGGGCAAUCUUUGUGGAGUUCACCAUCUAUAACGCCAAUGUGAACCUCUUCUGUAUCGUCACACUCUUACUGGAGACCACAGCCGUAGGAGCAUUUCAGUUGUACAGUGAGCUUCAGAGUGUCCGUCUUUACCAAUCAACCGGUCCCCUGCACAUCUUUGUUAUGGCUGCUGAGAUCAUAUACUUGGUUUUCAUCCUCUAUUAUAUGCUCCUACAGGGCAAAUUAAUGACGCAGCUGAAAUGGGCUUACUUCAGGAGCAAGUGGAACAUAUUUGAGCUGACUAUCAUAUUACUGAGCUGGAGCGCCCUCGGAGUUUAUAUCAAGAGGACCCUGCUAGGAAACCGCGAUAUGACAUACUACCAAACCCACAAAGACCAAUUUGCCAGUUUUUAUGAGACAGCCACAGCAGACACGGUGCUCCAGUAUCUGAUCGCCUUACUGGUCCUGCUUUCCACCAUCAAACUGUGGCACCUGUUCAGACUGAACCCAAAGAUGAACCUGAUCUCUGCCACACUGGAGAGGGCCUGGGGUGACAUUUCUAGUUUCCUGAUGGUCAUUGUGAUCAUGUUCUUGGCGUAUUCCAUUGCUAGCAACGUGUUAUAUGGCUGGAAGUUGUGCCAUUACAGGACUUUAACAGAUGCUCUCCUGACCAUCAUCAGUUUGCAGAUUGGUAUCUUUAACUAUGCUGAGGUCUUGAACGGCAGCCCCUGGCUCGGUGGAUUACUCUUUGGCUCCUGUGUUGUGUUCAUGUCUUAUGUAGUGCUCAAUCUCCUCAUCUCAGUCAUCCUGGUGGCAUUCAACCAGGAGAAAAUAUAUCACAAGCCGUCAGACGAGGAGGAGAUUGUCGACCUGAUGCUGAAGAAAAUCUGCGGUCUUUUUGGCAUCAGAUAUGAAAAUACAACAGACACAACGGGGCCUGAUGAAAAUGGAGACAUGGACUUGACUCUCAACAACAGCCGAAGCACCUCUUACAAGUCUUCAGCUGAUGUAAACAUUUUUCAGACAACCAACCACCCAAUGAAUCCUCUGGGUUCAUAGCUUUCUUUUGUUGUAUUUCUUUUUUUGGGUGUUUUGAGAUUUUUUUCUAUGCACCACUAUUGAUAUGCUAAUACACUUUUGUUUAUUAUUCUUUGCUUGUAACCAAGAAGAAGGUCAGCGCAUGCUG